CAUACAAAUUUUUGUCUUUCAUCUCUAUAUAUAUAUAUAUUUAGCUACACCUGCAAAUCUUGUGCUUGGAUUCCAAAUAUUUUGGAUCAGAACAAACUUUUGACAUUUUUUCUUUUUGAUAUGGAUCAUAAGACUAAGUUAUGGAUGGUGUUUUUCUUCUUCUCAAGUGCAACAUAUUGUGUUGUUGGGAAGCCCCAAGUACCAUGUCUUUUCAUUUUUGGAGAUUCUUUAUCAGACAGUGGAAACAACAAUAACCUAGCUACCGAUGCCAAAGUUAAUUACAGGCCUUAUGGGAUUGAUUUUCCAGCUGGUCCUACCGGAAGAUUUACCAAUGGCCGUACUUCAAUUGACAUAAUCACUGAACUUUUGGGAUUUGACCAUUUUAUCCCACCUUAUGCAAAUACCCAUGGUGCAGACAUAGUUCAAGGUGUUAAUUAUGCAUCCGGUGCAGCAGGGAUCCGCAAUGAGACUGGAACACAGUUGGGUCCAAAUAUCAGCAUGGGAUUGCAGUUACAACAUCACACAGACAUUGUUUCCCAAAUUGCUAAGAAACUUGGAUAUGACAAAGUGCAACAACACCUUAACAAGUGUUUGUAUUAUGUGAAUAUAGGCAGCAAUGAUUUCCUUAACAAUUACUUCCUGCCACAACAUUAUCCAACUAAAGGAAAGUACACUACUGAUCAGUAUGCUGCAGCUCUUGUCCAAGAAUUAUCAACUUAUUUAAAGGCUAUACAUGGGCUUGGAGCAAGAAAGUUUUCUUUAGUUGGAUUAAGCCUUCUAGGUUGCGUUCCACAUGAAAUUUCUACCCAUGGGAAAAAUGAUUCAAGGUGUAUUCAAGAGGAGAAUAAUGCAGCACUACUUUUCAAUGACAAACUUAAACCCCUCGUUGACCAUUUGAAUAAAGAAUUAACUGAUUCCAAAUUCAUCUUCAUUAACAGUGCUGUCAUAAGACUUAGUCAGUUAAAGCUACAAGAUCUUGUGAAAUGUUGCAAAGUGGGGUCAAACGGACAGUGUAUCCCUAAUACGAAACCGUGCAAGGCAAGAAACCUACAUCCAUUUUUUGAUGCAUUUCAUCCAACUGAGGUGGUCAACAAAUUGUCUGCAAACUUAGCUUAUAAUGCUCCUGCUCCAUCCUUUGCAUACCCAAUGGAUAUCGGUCGUCUUGUUAAAUUGUAAACAAGAUGGAUCUCUCUUGUCUAUAUUUAUCUG